AUGCCAGGCGUUUCUCAGGCGCCCAUCUCAGGUGUCUCUCAGGCGCGCCUCUCAGGUGCCCAUCCCAGGUGUCUCUCCGGUGUCUCUCAGGGGUAUGUGGGCAACAAGGCGGCCGUGUUCCCCCUCCAGCUGCUGGGCUUUGAUGUGGACCCAAUUAACUCCGUGCAACUCUCCAACCACACUGGGUACCCCACGUGGAAGGGGCAGAUACUGGACGGGGAGCAGCUGUGGGCGCUGAUAGAGGGGCUGGAGGCCAAUGGGCUGCUCUUCUACUCGCACCUGCUCACUGGCUACAUCGGAUCGCUCUCCUUCUUGGAGACUGUCCUGAGGGUGGUGGAUAAGCUCAGAUCGGUCAACCCCAAUCUAAUAUAUGUGUGCGAUCCAGUGAUGGGGGAUGACGGUCGUCUCUACAUUCGCCCCGAGCUCGUUCCCAUCUACCGCCACCAGGUGGUGCCAGUCGCGACUCUCAUCACGCCAAACCAGUUCGAAGCAGAGCAGCUCACAGGCCUCAGCAUACGGACUCAAGCAGAUGCCAUCACUGCAUGUGACAUGCUGCAUUCUGCAGGACCCAGAAAGGUGGUGAUCACGAGCAUGGAGGUGGAUGGACGGUUGCUGGUGGUGGGGAGUGACACCAGUAGCCCUGCUGUAGAGCAGGAGGGCUCCACACCAUCUGGACCAUCUUCAUCAUCUGGACCACAUUCCUUACGACGGUUCUGCAUAGCUGUGCCCAAGAUACCCCAGUACUUCACUCACAUGCCACAUGGUUAUGCAAUCUCUCUUACACUUUCCAUGCCUCUUGUCAUGUCCCAUUCUCACACAUCACCUGCCUUACACAACGUGCCAUUUCACAUGGCAUUUGACAUGCCAUCCCGCAUGCCAUUCCACAUGCCAUUCCACAUGCCAUUCCACAUGCCAUUCCACAUGCCAUUCCACAUGCCAUUCCACAUGCCAUUCCACAUGCCAUUCCACAUGCCAUUCCACAUGCCAUUCCACAUGCCAUUCCACAUGCCAUUCCACAUGCCAUUCCACAUGCCAUUCCACAUGCCAUUCCACAUGCCAUUCCACAUGCCAUUCCACAUGCCAUUCCACAUGCCAUUCCACAUGCCAUUCCACAUGCCAUUCCACAUGCCAUUCCACAUGCCAUUCCACAUGCCAUUCCACAUGCCAUUCCACAUGCCAUUCCACAUGCCAUUCCACAUGCCAUUCCACAUGCCAUUCCACAUGCCAUUCCACAUGCCAUUCCACAUGCCAUUCCACAUGCCAUUCCACAUGCCAUUCCACAUGCCAUUCCACAUGCCAUUCCACAUGCCAUUCCACAUGCCAUUCCACAUGCCAUUCCACAUGCCAUUCCACAUGCCAUUCCACAUGCCAUUCCACAUGCCAUUCCACAUGCCAUUCCACAUGCCAUUCCACAUGCCAUUCCACAUGCCAUUCCACAUGCCAUUCCACAUGCCAUUCCACAUGCCAUUCCACAUGGCACAUGAGUGA